AUGUCAAACACUGGAGAAAAGCUCGUAUUACCUCCUCGAUUCGCCGAGGAAAUGCGGAAUGACGACAGACUAGAUGCUCGAGAAGCUAAUAAAGAGGACAUGCUCGGUCAUGUACCUUGUCUUGCUCCACUCACUGGAGGCUCCCUGGAUGAGAAAGUAAUUGCUAAGCUUAUGCUGAGGAUCACGAGAGCAUUAAAUACAUUGACAGGGCCCAUGUUAGAAGAAAUCGAUUUAACGGUUAGAAGUCAUUGGACCGAUAGACCUGAUUUUCAUGAGAUUGAUCUAGCACAAAGCUCACUGCAGAUGAUUUCUCAGGUGUCUUCUCGAGCAUUUACUGGUCAGAAACUCUGCCGCAAUAAGCAAUGGAUUAACACAACUGCUGCCUAUUCUUCUAGCGCACUGGCAACUCUUUUGACUCUGCAUCUUUUCCCUAAAUUCUUGCACCCUUUACUUCAACUGGUGCUACCCACGUGUCGAGAGACUCAGGACUAUAUAAGCGCCGCUCGACAUCUGCUUACCCCAGUUCUUGAAGAAAGAGAAUCAGUCGGUCAGCAGCAGGAUGAUGCAAUAGCCUGGUUUCAGGAAGUUGCAGCGGGCUCAUCGUGCGAUCCAGUCUCAGCACAACUUUCACUAUCGUUCGUGGCGACUCAGACAACUGCUGACUUUUUUACCAAUCUUCUUACUGACCUUUGUGAGAACCCGGAUUUAGUCCCAGCACUCCGCCAUGAGAUAAUUUCCAUUAUUGGCAAAGGUGGAAUGACUAAGAAAGCCAUAUCCCAGCUGAAGUUGCUGGAUAGUGUGAUGAAAGAGUCUCAGAGAAUGAGACCUCCCUUGCUAGCAACAAUGGGCCGCCGCGUCGUGAAGAGUAUCACACUCUCAAAUGGUCUCAAGCUACCCAAAGGAACAAGGGUUUGCGUAUCCACAAGUGCGACGAAGGACCCUUCUGUCUACCAUGAGCCCGAGAGGUUUGAUGGAUAUAGAUUUCUGAAAAUGAGGACAGUCCCUGGCCAAGAGAACUGUAGCCAGUUUGUUGCGACUAGUACACAUUCAAUGGGAUUCGGGCAUGGUGUCCAUGCUUGUCCUGGUAGAUUUUUGGCAGGACAUGUGGUCAAGAUCUUUCUCUGUCAUAUUCUCAUUAAAUAUGAUUUCAGAUUACCAGGGGGGCAUAAGCCUGACUCCAUGAAAUCGGGCUUCUUUGUACUGAGUGAUGCUGCCACCAAGCUCCUCGUCAGGCGAAGAUUUGAGGAAAUCUAA